AGGAGCACAUGGGCAACAUCCAGGUUCAGAACAGAACCCUUACCCCAAGCACAAAAGGAUUACCAGUGUCGCGCUCAUUUUCAGGAGGACAUGCAGUGCCUUUUAUUCUCGUGAUACUUCGCGUGUCUGUCCCUGCUCCACGCCCUCUGCUUGGCUUGUGACUCAUCGCACGUUCCAGGCAGUCGAUACAACUCUCCUUGUCAUUUGGAUACAUGUGUUUCUGUUUCAUCGAUCUCACUUGCUUAACUACAAAACUGAACUGUUGAAGUAACUGCGUGCGGAGUUGGGGGACAAUGUGUGAAAAGGUUCCGUUUAUUAUUGGCUUUUGCGCUGGCUUUAUAAUGAUUAUCCACGCUGACUCAGUCCACCUCCUUCCUCCACUAUCUGCUGAGUGGAUCGACGACCUGACUGUCAACCUGUCCUGGUCAUGGUCCAAAACUCUGCACCAAGAUUGUUUCUGCUUCCAAGUCAAGCGCAAUGGGAAAGAGCUGGGACGCACCCGUGAGACUUACUACAUGGACGAACUUCUGAUUGAGAGCUCUGAUGAGUGGCUCUACAGUGCUGGCCUUUGCCCCUCCUGCGAGAACUGGACAAGCUUAGAGGCAGAGGUUAUUGUUAAAGCUCCCAAAGCCAGAGCUGAGGUGGAAGACUUUAAAUGCUAUUUGUCCAGCAAUAGCAUGGACUGCUCCUGGAUUCCAACCCGCAUUUUUAAUUUCUCACUAUCCUACAGAGAGUGUGGCUCGAAACCAGAGCUUCUGAAAAAAGGGUUUGAAAAGUGUGACCAGCUUGGAUGGAGUGGACGGAGACAAGUGUGUCAUCUGAAAGGCAACUUCCUUCAAAAAGAACUGUGCAUGGUCGCCUCUACCUCUGACGCAAUCAACACCUUCAGAGCCCCAAAAGCCCUGAAGCUUCCAAAAAAAAUGGAAAUAUCGGAAGAGGGGCCCAACCUUAAAUUGAAACUGAUGCCGUUACAAGUGCAGAUAUCCUCUUAUCUUUACAAUAUCUGUUAUUCAGUCUGUGACAAACCCAGGAUUUGUUUGGAGUACCAAAUGGAGUCCCAAAUGGAAGAAAAACACAUCAAAAUACCAUAUGAUAAAAGCUGCCAGUACAAGUUCUGGUACAAGGUCCGCACUGAUCCCUCAGCCAUAGAAAUCUACAGUGACCUCAGUGAGGAGAUGGUUUAUGGUUCUACUGACAGGACCCUGACUGUGGUGGCCAUUGUGAUCCCCAUAAUCAUCUCUCUCUGCGUCAUUCUGUCUUGCAUCUGCUUCAGGAGGCACAGGGAUAUCAUAUGCCCUGAUGUACCAGAUCCUUCAAUUAUAUUUAAGGAAAUGAUCAACGGCAACAAAGAGAUAAAGCCUAAGGUGCACAUGUACACACCUGUCCAGGAGCCUAUUGAACCGAUCAUCAUUGUACCCCACAUUCUUCCCAGCUCUGAGCUUGUGCCAACAUGAAUCACCCACUCCACCAUGACUAAAUAUAAAAAAAAUAUUCUCAGGAAGUAUUUGACAUGUAGAACACUUUGGUUUCGGGGCUGUCUGCACUGCAAAUUCAAAUGGAAAUAUUGGGUUACAUCUUAAUACCAACUGUUUGUGUAAUCCCUCAGUUGUUCAGGUACGAUCCAUAGCAAAAUAAAAUGUAAUUCUGUCAACUGCACUAAAGUUUUAGAGUAAGUGGUCAGAUUGCUGGUGGACACUGCCUUAUAUCUUUGUGAAGAGAGGAGUUAACUAAACUUAAACUAACACACCUAUUUGUACAGUUUCUGUUUGUUAGCUAGGCCUGUUGAACUACAUUAUUGUUGAACUAUUAUUAUUGUGCCUGAGUCAUAAUUACCAUUACCAUUCAGGCCCCUAAUGGAUGCUCUAAUAAGGGGCCCGAUCUGUUUUAGAACUCAGCACUUCUUUGGGUAUGCAAAAUAUGACUCCUCGUGUCCCACCGGAGUCACGGUGAAGCCAAGUGCUCCAUACGCUUCAUCAGACUUCCUCGUCUUACUUUUCGGGUGACUUUCGUAUGUCUCAUUACCUCCGUCUAUCUCCGCCUUUCUUUUCAUCCCUGUUAAAAUGUUUUCCAUAGUGUCUCUUUAGCAAAAGUGUCUCUUGUUCACUGUCCCCCCCAGGGGGGCGUGCCCCACUAUUUGAGAACCACUGACUUAACUAAAGCACCACCAAACAGUAAGCAAAAAAAUGCAUAUAAAAUGUAUAUAAUGUAUAUGUGUGUGCGUGUGUGUGUGUGUGUGUGUGUGUGGGGGGGGUGUGUGUGUGUGUGUGUGUGUGUGUGUCAAACCUACUAAAAUCUAGUUACUUUUUCCUCCCAGAUUGAUUCAUUUUACCUGAUGUUAACCACUCAUCAAUCAUUUUAUAUUGUUGUCAGUUAAAAGACUUAAAGUGCAUAAGUGCAUAUAACAGGUUAGACUACUCAUUUCACUAAAACAUGGUUACCAUCAUUAUAUUUCAGAUUAUACUACACUAUAAAUCUUUUAAUCUAUUUUAAUUAAUUACUUAUUUUAUUUUAUUUUGGUGAAUUUAUAAUUUUACUUCCUGGCUGGACAUUUGCUGGCAGCCAAUGUGAUAUACGUAGAGGUAAUUCCAUAACGGUUAUCUAGGAACCACAAUGUUAACACAGGCCAAGACUUGUCUUAAUGACAAUAGUUACGAUUAGAUGACAACAAGUCUAUUUUGUUAAAUCUGUGCUAAAUCUCAAAAAAAUGCCUUCCUUCUUUGUGCAUAAAUCGUCUCUGUAUUUUGUAUAGAAUGUUCUGUGUUGAUGACAUAAGUAGAGAUAAAAGUCGAAAGGCUUUUUUUUCCCACAAACAGCAACUUAACUGAUGUAAAACUAUAAACUAUAAAUAUUUACCACAGGUACUAUUCCACCAAACCAAGUAAUAAAAACAGGAACACCUGUUAUAAUCCACUUAAACUUUCUCCAGCUAAACUCAGACAAGACUGAAGUCAUCAUCUUUGGCCCACAGAAAGUGUUAGCUGUCACCUCCAGUCUCUCUCUCUCUAAAACCUUCAAAUCAGGCUAAAAAUCUAGGGGUAAUAAUGGAGUCAGGCUUGAACUUUAACAGCCACAUAAAAUCAGUAACAUCUGCAGCUUUUUACUUCCUAAAAAACAUUGCAAAAAUCAAAGGUAUACAGUCAAAGCCAGACUUGGAGAGACUUAUCCGUGCAUUUGUCUCCCGUAGGUUAGACUACUGUAACGGCCUGCUCACUGCCCUCUCCAAACGAGAGUUAAGACAGUUGCAGUACAUACAUAAUGCUGCUUCUCGAGUCCUGACUAGAACCAGGAAGUACAAGCACAUAAGCCCUGUGCUCAGGUCUCUGCACUUGCUUCCUGUGGCUCAAAGAAUAGACUUUAAAGCAGCUCUCCUUGUGUACAAGCAGUGAUUUUACUGUCCUUAUUCUGUAAAGCACUUUGAAUUACUUUGUGUACGAAUUGUGCGAUACAAAAAACUUCCCUUGUCUUGCCUUAAUGCCAUGAGAUAAAUGUAGCAACUUUGCAGACUCAGCCCCAAACAAAUAUUCAUAUGGUUCAAUGUUUAUGGAUUUUUAUUUUGGAUAUGUAUCUCAAGUAAAUCUCACAGUUAUAUAGACCCUUGCACUCGAUCUGAGAUUAUGACAUCAUCAAAUUCUAGAACAUGAACGCCUUAAAGACAGAGCUCAAUUCCUCCACUAAAGUAAAAAGUAUAUAAAAAUACAGAUUUUUUUAUUGAUCUUGUACUAAGUUGUGUAAAUGCUUUUAAAUUAUUUAUAACUAUUUCUGUGCACUCAGGUCAAUGUUAUGUGUCGAGGUUUGUGUCCAUUAUAUUAUUAAAACACACAUAUGUUUUGUCUGG